ACAUACACACACACACACCCGAGCCCUGUUCAUCCGGCCCCCUGUGCAAGAUCAGCCCCUGCCAAUGCAACCGAGCCAAGCGCCCAUGGAACUGUAGGCGGGAAGCAGCAGGUACAGGCAGGCGUGCCAUGGAUUGCACCAUCAAGGUAAGUUCUGGAGAUGUUCCUCCAUCUUCGUCAGCAGCUGGCUCCCUGGCCCCCUUCUCUGUCUCAGGCUUGCACCAAGCUGGUCUCUGGUUCAGUUCCUCUCUCUCUCUCUUUCUCAUACACACCCGGCUCCAGAAACAGGGGCCCCCUCCGCUCUUUCCUUCUGGUACAAAAAAAUUUCCUCUUCCUUCCCUUUCGCGGCGGUUGAUGUCUCUGAGCUCUUAAAAAACCCAAACCAAACCACCACAAGAGACGCCUUGAGCUCUGAAUGGGAGAGUUCCCUUCCACUGCACGGCCUGACCAGCCGAGAGAUAGAAGAUGGGGGUGAAAUGGGGGACCCUCCACAAAAAACUGUCAUGCAUGGAGACAGUCCUCUCCGCCAUAUCAUCAUGGUGACAGCAGGAAGAGGAUAUUCCUACAGGGGUGCCUGUACUGGCCUGCCAAACCCCAAGAAUUUCAGGGAUGGAGUCCAAGUUUUGGGGUGCUUCAGCCUCCCCCCCAAAAAACUGGAGGUACUCCUCUUCAUAAAAGGUCAGUUCAUUUUUCCUUUUGCAUUUCAGGGGUUAUCAGCUUGUACACUGGUUUGCCUUUCCCGACUUUACCUUUCUCCGUGAUCUUUUAAUUUUUUAAUUUUCCUUUCAACCGCAUAUUCACGCAGGUCCAUGGAUGCUUUUAGGGCUUUGCAAAUUCUUUCUCUAAGCAUCCACUUCCAUUCACAACCCUGUCGCAUUAAGAUGUGCUUUUGUCCACCAUGGGUGUGUUCUUGGCAAAACCAGCGGAUCUUUUGAUUUGGUUUGAACCCUUUCAGGUUGUUUGAGACUGAAUGUGUUUCUCCAACCACCCAAAAGGCAUGUAUUUAAAAGAGGAGAGAGAGAAAUGAAGCUCUUGAAAGAUUUGUAGUCAUUUUUGGUUUGGCAUUGCUGUCUCUAUUGGUGGGGGGGACAUUCUGUGUUUGGGCUGGGUUGUAGAUUAGUACCGGACUGCUCUAGUUUUCAAAAACAAGGAACACUGAGCCAUUUUUGUUAGGGCUGGAACCUGGCAGGGUGGAAGUAAGAUUGGGCACCUCCUGAACGUGGACCCAGACUCUGACAAGGUCAGCACCGGCAGUUUCCCUUUGACAUUAUUCACUGCUUUGUGUUGUUGAGACAGUUUCAGCAAAUAUUCAGUUAGUACGCCGCCACCCUGCCUCUUCCAGGUUAAAGAGGCCACUGAGCCUGAUGUCUUGCUUUACAAAACCCUGGAGCCAAUGGUGCUGAUUUUGCAUCUGUCCCAAGAGCCCUCUGGGAAUGUUGUAGUUUGAAAUGCAAGUUAAUUUACAUGUCUUGAGUAGAGGCAUCUCACUCCUCUUCUAAGGUGACUAUCUUUGCGAUGUUUGAUGAGAGUUCCGUAGGAAGCAAUCUGUGGCCAUUGAAAGGGUGGAUCUAUUUUGGGGUUUUUUUAAAAGCUUAGGGUACAAUUUUAUUUUUUAGGAUUUUAAAUGGUGUCGCUAACUGACCAGGGAGGAAAAAAAGAGGACCUAAUUCCUUGCUCCUGUUUCUUGAUUGGCUGAAGUAAGCAGGAAAUAAAAAUGUUCACCUGCUAAGGUCUCUGGAUCAAGCUGCUGUUAAGAGGCACAGAGAAAGAAUGGCCUCAGGGAUCAUCUAUUAAAUAUGAAAUGUUUUCAAACGGGGAAAGUAUAAGCACUGGUGCCAAGGGAGCAUUUUCAGGUAGAGUCCUAGUGGUAGGCCAGAAUAUUUGGUAAAGAGCACGAUUCAUGGGUCAAGCUCACAACUUGUUUUCCCUUUUACUGACUCUGCCCCUGCGCCUUUAGAAGCAUCUUGACCUACACAAAACCAUGGGGGAAAUUCUGCAUGCUUAAUUUGCCUAUGCCAAACUUCAGUUAAACAAAGCAGUGGGAAACCUGUGGCUCUCCAUACAGUUGAUGGACUCCAACUCCCAUCAGCCCCGGGGCCAGGGAUGAUGGGGGUUGUAGUCCAGCAACACCUUGAGGUCCCACAGGUAGAAAUGGCGACACCUGUAUAGCUGUCACCUAGAAACCGAAACUUCUGCUAAACCGUGGGUUCACUAGUCAAGCUGCUAUGUCUUUGCUUUACUCCCUCUUCGCUUUCUUCCAGAUUUUGGGAGACUAAUAUUUGGCUGGUUUCUUUGUUUAUUUUAUGAUGAUAUUUACGUCUCAACUUUCCAUCAAAUAGCUUAAGCUGGUGUAUGUGGUUCCCCAUUUAAAGUUCACAAGAACCCUGCGAGGUAGGUUAGGCCUUGAGAAAGAGCAACUGGCCCAAGGUCACUCAGUGUGCUGGGUAGGGAUUUGAACAGCUCUUAGUGUGACGCUCUAAUCACUUUGCCAUGCUAGAUCUCUCAGGCUGCCUUCAACAGGUGUAUGUCGGGCAGAAAUCCAACAGGAGAAGCUUUCUCCUCACAUGGAGGGAUAGGGAAAGGCUUCAUUUAUUGGAAGAAGCCUGUGAUGCAGCUGUUAAAAAGUCCCAGGGACCAUUAUAGGGGGAAGUAAGGCAGCCAGGCUGGAUGGCAGUUGUCCCAUAUUAAUUAAGAAUGAGUGCUAGGGUGCGAUCUGGUGUAUAUAACACACCAAAGCCUGUCUAGAUCACUGUCUCCUAUAACAGAGGUGAUAAAGGAUAGAGAUACACACCUCCACACACUUUUGCUUCUCGCUACCCAGAAAGAAACAAAGAAACCUUGGAUCCCUGCUGGGUACGCACCACACAUUUAAAGCCCUUUGCUCCUCUCACAAAAUCCUGGGAACAAUAGCUUACCCCUCACAGAGCUACAAUUCCCAGCAGCCUUAACAAACUACCAGUACACCCUAAACAGACAACAUUUUGCGGGGGGCGGGAAGCCAUGUGCUUUAAAUGUAUGGCAGACAAGGGUUCCCAAUUUUAAUUUAUUUCAACUAUACCACAGACGGCCAGUUCACGCUGGUCCGUUGGCAACCUUUAGCAAGCUGCUAUGCUAUGCUUGAUUUGGAGUGGGAAGGUACAACAGUUCUCUUUUAUCAUUCUAGAUCAGAUCUUUAAAAAGCAAAAACAAACCCACAACCUGUUAAUUUGGGCUGGGGGGCGGGGCACUGCCAGAGGAGCAUGUUGCUGUUUAUGUGGUAAGGAUCCUAGCGGGUUCAGCAUGUGUACAUUUACCCGAUAUAAGAGAAAACAAUAGCUGGGGGAAGGGAGGCCUAGAAGUAACAGCACCCCCCUCUCCUCCAAUAUUCAGGAUUUCGGUAGCCAAACAGGAAGCUGUGCCUCCACCGCUCCCCCCUGCCCUCCAGCUCCAUCCUUUAUUACAGAAGAUAGGAGAGCUAUUUAAAGCCCCCCUGGCUUGCAGGGCAGUUCUGAGCCUCGGGUCCCCAUCAGGCAGGCCUUAUCAGCAACAGCAGAGGCUUCCGGCUUUGCGGCCUCAGACUUCCUGCCUUUGCUUCCUGUGUUAGCUGUCCCACCAGCAACAUCGAGCUACCAUGAUUGUCACACACCCCCUUACACCCCACCCCACCCCCUGCCUGCCCGCCCUGCACUCGCCACCAUCAUCACAACCACAUCAGCCAGACCGCCUCACGUUUCAACAACACACGCUGGUUUUUGUGCAGCGCAGAAUCUAGGCUUGCUGUUUCUACACUUUGACAACACUGUUAGGAGUUUGAGGGUGCCAGAAACCCCUCUAAAGCCUAGAUCAGGGGUUCCCAAACUGUGGUCCGGCAGUCCACAAACUUUUAUUCAGGUAGUCUGUGGUGUCUCUGUAAAAAAGACAAUUAAAAGUCACACAGCGUUUACUCCAGCACAUUACAGUUGCUGCAGCAGGCAGAUAAACCAUAACUGGCCCACGAAGACCCUCGGCAAUUUCCAAGUGAUCUCGGGUGAGGUGGGGAAUGGGAACUAUUGCCCUAGAUCCAGCAAGUGUUAAAAUCCAAUCAAGUCACUCUAGCUUUCUGAACGCCUGGAUCCAGCUAGUUUCCUGUGUUGAGGCGAUUGCCUAGGUGAUGGGCAAUUAGGAGAACAACGGAUUAAGGGGCUUGGUGCGAGACAAUAACAGACAAAAGCCAGAGUCUGGAAUAGAGUUUUGGGGGCUGUGAUGUCAACUACAAGUAAAGCAGCACGCUGUAGAAAGAAUCAGAGAGCAAUGUUUGAUUUCUGUUUGAAUCCAAGGCUGCGGCAGUGGGAGAAGCAAGACUCUUUUGGGGUGUUCAUGCUGUGAACCCUUCCAGCUCAGGCUGUAUGUGUAAAUAGACCAUAUAUCCCGACGGCACCACGGUCCCUGCUGCGCCUCAGUCCUGGGACCCCUGAAAUGUCGCACCGCUCGGAGAUUGGGGUUUUCGUGCAACAACAGUGAGAGAGAUGGACCAAUGGUUCUGACACAACACAAGGGAGCUUUCUGUGUUCCUAGUCUUACACACACACACACACACACACACACACACACACACACACUUGCAGCACCACCUACAAGUUUUUGGCUAUGCCUUGCCUGGGCACACCUCCCUAAGUGAGUCUACCUCCUAGUUACAUCAGGUCCAGGGAGCUAUUAUCCAUGGGGCACCUGUGGGGUUGUGGGCUCUCGGCAGAUGCCCCACCAUGCUGGGCCUUGGCGCCAGUCCUGCACAUGCGUACCUCACAAAUCUCCACCUCCUCCAGGGCUGGUUCUAGGUUUUGGAAUACCCCUGGGCAAGAUGCUCUCAUUGUCCCCCUAACCCCCUGCAGUGCAGCCGCCAUCUCCUCACCUCUCCCUCUGAGCUCAGUUCACACACCCUGGCCAAAAGGAAAUCACAAGGCAUGCAGAGAGGCGACUGCUGCUCCUCUUCGCCCCUCUCACUGCUGAUUCGCUUGGAGAGAAUAGCUAAACGUGCAGCAACAGUGAGCGUUGAGAGCAGCAGGGCAUUUCAGUGACUCAGAACGGGGUCUAUAUUGAGACAUGGUCCUCAGCAAGUGCCCAACAAUGCCAAUAUAGCCCCCCCCCCCAAUAUUAUCUGGUUAUUUGUUCUGCAACUGCGCUGCUGUUCAUCACCAUCGGUUCUGGCCAACUGCAGCUUCACUAAGAUUUGCCCAGGGUUUCAUGGAUAUGGGUGUUUUGACAGGUUGGGGUUCUUGUUUUUUCCAUGUAAAAAUCAGAUUUUAAAAAAAGAGAAAAAUCAAUUUGCCACUGAUAUUAUGCUUUUUGCCGUGAAGGGGGGUGGGGAGGGGAGACAGGCUCUGAUCCCUUGGGAUCAGAUAAAAAUGUAAAAACAAUUAAAAAGUUGCUUAUUCUAAGAGGGUGGGGAACCUCAGGUCUGGGAGCUAUAUUAUUAUUAUUAUUAUUAUUAUUAUUAUUAUUAUUAUUAUUAUUAUUAAAUUUAUAUACUCCCCCAUCUGACUGGGUUGCCACAGCCACUCUGGAUGGCUUUCAACAAAUUAAAAACAUUAAGCACAGUAAAACAUCAAACAUUAAAAACUACCCUAUACAGGGCUGCCUUCAGAUGUCUUCUAAAAGUCAAAUACAGUAGUUGUUUAUUUCCUUGACAUCUGAUGGCCCUCCCGACCUCUUUGUUUGGCCCUUGGGACUCUCCUCAGGGUAUACACCCUCUCAAGGCCUUCACCAGCCCUGCCUUGCACCCUUCUUGAGUGUUUUUUUAAAAAAAAAUAAAUAUUUAUUAAAGUUUUCACAAUAUUACAUAAUGAAAAAGAAAAAAGAAAAAAUACAAAAUAAAAAACAGUUAAAAACAAUUCCAUCUUUUUGUCACUUAUCUUUCAUUUGCUUGUUUCCCGGACCUCCUCAUACCUCCCUUUUUUGUAUUCCAGUUCAAUUUAUUAGUUCAGCAAUUCCUUUCCCUCCUUAUUUUAUCCUGAUCCUUAAUCUUAAUAUAUUAUAGCAUUAAAUUUUUACCUGUUAAAAAUCCAAUUGUUUCAUAUUCUUUUAUACCAUUACAGCUAGAAACCACUUAACUUCAAUCCAACAUCAUUCUAACAUUCGUUAAUUUUGCAAUAUUUCUGUAAAUAGUCUUUAAAUUUCUUCCAAUCUUCUUCCACCGACUCUUCUCCCUGGUCUCGGAUUCUGCCAGUCAUUUCCGCCAAUUCCAUAUAGUCCAUCACCUUCAUCUGCCAUUCUUCCAGAGUGGGUAGAUCUUGUGUCUUCCAAUACUUUGCAAUGAGUAUUCUUGCUGCUGUUGUGGCAUACAUAAAAAAAGUUCUGUCCUUCUUUAACACCGAUUGGCCGACUAUGCCCAGGAGAAAGGCCUCUGGUUUCUUCAAGAAGGUAUAUUUAAAUACCUUUUUCAAUUCAUUAUAUAUCAUCUCCCAGAAAGCCUUAAUCCUUGGGCACGUCCACCAAAGGUGAAAGAAUGUACCUUCAGUUUCCUUACAUUUCCAACAUUUAUUAUCGGGCAAAUGGUAGAUUUUUGCAAGCUUGACUGGGGUCAUGUACCACCUGUAUAUCAUUUUCAUAAUAUUCUCUCUUAAGGCAUUGCAUGCCGUAAACUUCAUACCUGUGGUCCAUAACUGUUCCCAGUCAGCCAUCAUUAUGUUAUAUCCAACAUCUUGUGCCCAUUUAAUCAUAGCAGAUUUCACCGUUUCAUCCUGAGUAUUCCAUUUCAACAGCAAGUUAUACAUCUUUGACAAAAUCUUAGUUUUGGGUUCUAACAAUUCUGUUUCUAAUUUUGAUUUUUCCACCUGGAAGCCGAUUUUCUUAUCCAAAUUGUAUGCCUCCAUUAUCUGAUCAUAAUGAAGCCAGUCUCGCACUUUGUUUUUUAGUUUUUCAAAACUCUGCAAUUUCAAUCUAUCUCCAUCUUGUUCCAAAAUUUCCCAAUAUUUCGGCCAUUUGACCUCCAUAUUGAGCUUUUUCAGAGCUUUCGCUUCCAUCGGUGACAGCCACCUUGGGGUUUUAUUUUCCAAUAAGUCCUUGUAUCUUAUCCAAACAUUAAACAAUGCUUUCCUGACAAUAUGGUUUUUAAAUGCUUUAUGUGCUUUGACCUUAUCAUACCACAGAUAUGCAUGCCAUCCAAAUACAUUGUUAAAACCUUCUAGAUCCAAAAUGUCAGUGUUUUCAAGAAGCAGCCAUUCUUUCAACCAGCAAAAAGCUGCUGAUUCAUAGUAAAGUUUAAAGUCUGGCAGGGCAAAUCCACCUCUUUCCUUUGCAUCUGUUAAUAUUUUAAAUUUUAUUCUAGGCUUCUUGCCCUGCCAGACAAAUCUAGAAAUAUCUCUCUGCCACCUCUUGAAACAGUCCAUUUUGUCCACAAUUUGCAAUGUUUGAAACAAAAACAACAUUCUAGGCAAUACAUUCAUUUUUACCGCAGCAAUACGACCCAGCAGUGAAAGCUUCAAAUUUGACCAAAUUUCUAAAUCUUUUUUCACUUCAGCCCAGCAUUUUUCAUAGUUGUCUUUAAAUAAAUUCCCAUUUUUUGCUGUCAUGUUAAUCCCCAGGUAUUUAACUUUCUUAACCACUGUUAAACCUGUCUCAUUCUGAAACCUCUCUCUCUCCAUUGGUGUUAAAUUUUUCUCUAAAACCUUAGUCUUUAACUUAUUCAAUUUAAAUCCUGCAACUUGACCAAAUUCUUGGAUCAGUUCUAAAACCCUUUUGGUACUAGAUUCUGGCUCCUGUAACGUCAAUACUAAGUCAUCUGCAAAUGCUCUCAAUUUGUACUGUUUGGUUCCGACCUGUAUACCUUUAACCAACUGGUCCCUUCUUAUCAUAUUCAACAGAACCUCCAGGACCGAUAUAAAAAGCAAUGGGGAGAUUGGGCAACCUUGUCGUGUCCCUUUUUCUAUCUUAAAUUCUUCCGUCACCACAUUAUUUACAAUUAAUUUAGCCUUUUGUUCAGAAUAUAUUGCACUUAUACCAUUUUCAAAACCUUGGCCUACCCCCAUACCCUGUAAGUUUUUUUCAUAAAAGUCCAAGAAAUGUUGUCAAAAGCUUUCUCCGCGUCUACAAAUAUCAAAACUGCUUUAGUAUUUAUGUUCACUUCUAGUUUUUCCAAAAUAUCAAUUAUAUUCCUCAAAUUGUCAGACAAGUGUCUUCCCGGGAGAAAGCCCGCUUGGUCUUUAUGAAUCUCUUCUGUCAACACUUUUUCAAUCUCUUGGCCAAAAUGUCUGCAAAAAUUUUGUAAUCCACAUUGAGUAAUGAUAUGGGGCGGUAGUUCUUAAGCUGCGUCUUUUCAGUCUCUGUUUUCGGUACAAGUGUGAUAUAUGCUUCUUUCCACGACUCUGGUGCCCUUUUCCCCUCCAUUAUUUCGUUACAGACCUCUUUCAAAGGUUGUACUAGCCAUUCUUUUAAAGAUCUGUAGUAUCUAGAAGUCAGUCCAUCCGGUCCUGGAGAUUUACCCAAUUGCAUAUUCUGAAUGGCACCUUCUAUCUCCUGUUCAGUUAUUUUGUAGUUCAACAUUAAUUUAUUUUCUUGAGAGAUUUUUUGUAAUCCAUUUGUUUUCAAAAAUCGAUCUACGUCAGUUUCUUUCUGUGGCCCUUGUGUAUAUAGUUGUUUAAAGUACCUCUGGAAACAAUUUCUAAUCUCAGCUGGGUUCUGUAUAUUCUUUCCUUCCACUUCUAAAUUUGUAACUGUAUUUAAUUUUUGUCUUUUUUUCAUUUGCCAAGCCAGCAAUUUCCCACAUUUAUUAGCCGACUCGAAUGUCCUUUGUCUCAUUUGUUUAAUUUUCCAUUCUAUCUCCUGAUUCCUCAUUUUCAUAUAUUGCACUUGAUAUAACUUUAUUUCUCUCAAAAUCUCUUGCGACUUUGGUUUUACUCUCAAUUUUUUUUCACUUUCCUUUAUUUUCUCCAAAAUUUUGUCCUUCUUCUCAUUUUGGAUUCUCUUCUUUAAUGCAUUCUGUUGUAUCAGGAACCCUCUCAUAACCGCUUUACUUGCGUCCCAGAUUACUCUUUUUUCCACAUUGGUGCUCAUAUUUAUCUCAAAAUAGUCUCUCAAGGUUUUUUGGGCCUUCUUAAGCACUUCUUCAUCUCUGAAUAAGGUGUUAUUCAUCCUCCAUCUAAAGGAGCCAGUUGGUGUUAGUUUCAUUUCCAUCUUAACAGCAUUAUGGUCGGAGCAGGUUUUUGGGCAGAUUUCCACUUUUCUUGUCUUUGGUGCCAUUCCUCUAGUUACCCAUAUUUGGUCAAUUCUUGUCCAUGUCAUUUUGGCUUCAGAAAAGAAGGUUCCUUCUUUAGCCAAGGGGUUCUUUGUUCUCCAAAUAUCGACUAAGUCCAAGUUGUCUGUCAUCUCAAAAAAAGUUUUCGGUAGUCUACCAUCCUUAGUGACUACCUGUCUUUGUGCCUUGUCCAUAUGUGUAGAUACCACUCCAUUCAUGUCUCCCAUCAAAAUCACAUUAUAAUCCAAAUAGUCCAUCAGGGUCUCAUGCAACUUUUUAAAAAAAUCGGAUUUCCCUCAUUUGGUUCGUAAAUUCCUACUAUCAAAAAUUUUUCUCCUUGUGUUUGACUUUCAAUUGCCACAAAUCUUCCUUGGUCAUCUUUAAAGAUAAAUUUCGGUAAUAAUCUCUCCUUUGCAUAAAUCACUACCCCUCUUUUUAACCUUGUCCGAUGAAAUAAACUCCUGACCAAGUCUUUUAUUAAUCAAUAGUUUCCUGUGUAACCUUGUUAUAUGUGUUUCUUGUAAACAAAUCAAGUCCAAUUGUUCCUUUUUUAAUAAAUGAAACACAGAUCUCCUUUUCCGAGGGGAGUUCAAACCAUUACAAUUCCAACUUAGUAGUUGCAGAGCCAUGAUGUAGUUACUUUGCUUCUCCUCCAACUGCACCCAGUGCCUGUUCCUGUUCUGUCGGUGGUAUCACCUUCUUCAGGCGGUCUUUUAGUUCAGGAGGUAAAUCUGGUGUAUCUAAAGUUUCACUUACAAGUGCUCUUAGCUCUCCUGUAACUUUCUUCUGCAGGUCUUCUCCGUGGUCUCUCCAAAAUUUAUCUUUGUCGUCUUCUGAUCUUAUUUUUAUCUUCUUCCCUUUAUAACUGAAGGAUAGGCCUUGGGAGAAUUCCCACCUAAAAAUGAUUCCGUUACUUCUCAACAGGGCAACCAAAUCUCUAUAAUUGGACCUACGGUCCAAAAGAUGUUUCGGAAUAUCCUUAAAUAUCUCCACUUUUGACUGAUGUAUUUCCAAGGUCUUCUGGAAGUGCAGACUCAAGAUUUUGUCUCUCUCCUCUUUUGUUCGGAGGGUGAUCAAACAGUCUCUCACCCUGUUCUUCCUCCCUCCUUUUCCAAGCCUAAAAGCACUCACUAUCUUGAAACUAUCCUUCCCCAAAUCUGGGUUCCAAAAGUCUGCAAAUUCCUGCGUAAGAAAUUCAAUCAAAUUGUCUUUCUCCAAUUCAGGUACGGCCCUGACCCUUAAAUUCGCUUGUUUCUCCUUCAACUCAAUCAUAGACAGUAUUGACUUGUGGUCUUCAAGUUGUUUGUGUAACGGUGGUAUCUUCUCUUCUACAACAGUGGCUGUAGCAGUUGCAAUUUCCUUUGCCUCUUCGGCUGUCUUUCGUGUCGAGGUGGAUUCCUGCAGUAAUUUCUGAAUAGUUUCUGUAUUGGUAUUUACCUUCUGUCCCAAAUUAUUAAUACUUGUGGUGUUUUGAUCAAUUUUGCCCGAUGCCUCGGCUACUUGUUUACUUGUUUACUUAUUCUUUCCAAAGAUUCAUUAAUUUUGCCUAGUGCCUGAGCCAGGGCAUCGUCAGCUGCCAUACCUUUAGGUUUAGGUUGUGCCGAUGAGGUUGCUGUUGGUAAACCAGAAGGGCCAGAUGUCGAUGCUCUUCUUUGCAGCCCACCGUCUGUGCGAAAUACUCUGCCAGACCUCGUUGCUUGUAACAAAUCUAUCUUCUCUUUCCCAUCUGCCAUAACCCUCAAGAUAUAGCCCAAGGUCAAUCCCACGAUCAGAGUCAAAGUUGUUUUGAAGUGGAAAAUUCCCUUAGCCCAGCUGCAGUUGUAACAGUUUCAAACUUCCUCUAGGGGGACACAGUAACAGUCCAAAAUGUCUUAAAGUAAUUAACUUCUCCCUUUCGCCCCCCAAUUCACAAAAAGGACAACAGUUUCUAUCUCAGUUGUUUCCUGUUACUUUAAAACCAGGAGAAGCCAGACAGCAAUAUUGUAUCUUAGUUGUAUCUCAGAUGCAGAGUUAACUGUCAAAGAGUACUUUCAGCAACAGCGCAAUUCUCAAUACGGCUUUCUUACUGUCACUGGGAACCCGUUCCAGGGUUUUAAGCGGUGGAUUUUAGCUCCUCUUCCUCUCUUUUUUUUGCAGGGAAAUAACGUUCAAGCCUUUUCCCCCCUCCUCCCCUGCAAUCAAGGAGGGAAAAUCGCUGUUUUGAUGUUCGAAUUAUAAUCCUUUUCCAACAUCUUUUAAGGUUUCCGCUUACAAGUUCAUUGCUUUACUCCAUUUACAAGAACGGAAGGCAGACUUCCUGUUUAUGCCUCUCCGCUUCGGUGCCAAAUUAAUUAUAAAGUUCCUUUAGUUCCGAAAUUAGCCUACUCACGGAUCGUUGUUUUGCAGCCAAAUUGUCCCAGGAAAAAGGUAGCGCUCUCCGGUAACGGCUAUGCGGCUUCACUCCACGGAAGAAGCAAACGACUCACAGCACCGCGCCACUUCCCCGCUCCGCUCCAGAGCCCGUAACCGGACUCCUUUGCCAAUUGGGAAGGGCACAAACGGUCCCCGCUGAGUCCCACGGUCACAGGCUUCACCCGCCUGUGAUUUUUGAAGGGUCCCCGCUGCGCCAUAGCGGUACAGACCCGAUUUCCGCAGAGCCGGUUCCCUCCAAGUCAGAGGGAAUCCGCCAUUACCGAUGGCGCCACCCCGGAAGUUCCUUCUUGAGUGUUUUUGCCUGGCUGGAAUUUGUCAAACUCUGACAAUGCCUCUUGCUUGCCUGGAUGGAAGAUUGAGCGGGUGGGUGUGGGUGUAGCAAUUACUUUACCAUACAAAUAUUAUAUUUAAAUUAAUUGCUCUGCCCACUAUUCCCUCUGGCCCUGCCCACCUCUGCCACAUGGCACACCCCACUCCACCAAAAGUUGCCCCCCCAGGAAAUAUGGGCCAAAUAAGGUUCCCACCCUCCGUAAUCUAGGAUAUUGGAUAAAUAUGUAAAGGUUGCUAAGCAACCAACGCCCUUCUUUCUUCUUCCCUGAACGCGGCAACCGUACAAAUCUCUCCGAGGCUGAGCUGCUGUUGUGACAACGGAGGGGCCAGCCGCAAUGGUUUCCUCCUCCUGCCCGCUGAAGCACCCUUUAGAAAUGGUGGCCUACAAAUUAAAGCAACUUUUCUCGGCCUGUGGCCUUCAGGAUGUUUUGGACUACAACUCUCCUAGCCGCUGGGGCUGAUGGGAGUUUGCAGCCCAAGUUCGCCUCUGGACUGUCACUGUUGUGCAAGAGGGAUUCAAUUGCUAAACAGAAGUUUUAGCUCAUUUACAGAGGGUUAGAGUGCUCUGGCACCACAACUCACACUUUUUUUAAAAAGCCAUACUUUUUUCAGGGGGGGUUGGGAAAUGACAAGGAAAAGCGCCAAAAAGUAUUGGACAGCAAUCAUUGAUUGGGAAGAUGUCAAAGCGCCAUGUAAACAAAUAAUCUCCCCGUGGAAAAAAAUUUAAGCAAACGCUCAAGGGAGAGCGGGCAUUGUUCAACUUUCUGCAAGCAGAUCAGGGCGAAUCCUCAGUAAACCAGGUUGGCCAAGGCAGUCCUUGCUGAUGGCAACACCACCUCAGAUGCAAGACCACUUACUGUAUUUUCUGGCGUAUAAGACUUUUUAACCCAGGAAAACCUUCUCAAAAGUCGGGGGUCGUCUUAUACACCGGCUACAGCAGCAGCUCCUGCAGCAACUCCCCACCAAAGGAUAAAACGACAGCAAAUUAAAUCAGAGGACACCAAGCUCUCUAGAUGAAGCAGAAAUACGCUUGAAAAUUGGCCCCAGAAGCCCCCGGCCACUGGGAAGUGGAGCGGAUUUCCGAGCCAGACUGGAGACUGUUUUUUUUAAAAAAAAUUUAUUGUGUGCGUUGGAAGAGGGGUAGUCUUGUACGGCGAGUAUAUCCCAAACACUAUAUUUUACCUGGAAAAGUUGGGGGGUCGUCUUAUAUGCCCAGUCGUUUUAUAUGCUGGAAAAUACGGUAAUUUGCUUUGGCUCCUAGACUUCACCUCUUCAUUUGCUCUUUACCUCAGUCAACACUGUGGCCCCAUCUGCAUUAACUUGUUAGAGAUUUUUUGGGGGGGGACCCCCCCAAAAAAACCUAGAAUUUGGUAAAUGGUAGGAUUUUGUUUGCUUGGAUUAUUGAAGGGGAGAUUACAAGCCAAUGGAAAAAUAGAGGCUGAGCUUUCUUUCCAAAAGUCAGGGCCUCACCUGGGAUAGAGGCAUUAACAUGACAAUAUGUUAUCUGAAGAAGUGUGCAUGCACACGAAAGCUCAUACCAAUAACAAACUUAGUUGGUCUCUAAGGUGCUACUGGAAGGAAUUUUUUUAUUUUGUUUCGACUACGGCAGACCAACACGGCCACCUACCUGUAACUAUGACAAUAUGUGUUGAUGGGCCAUCUCAGAGGAGUCUUGGGCCUGGGCAGAGAGAAGGUUGCCAGGGUAACUGGGUAACAGGGAAACAAAGUCUUUAACAAGGUGUGCUGGAAAGAAGAAGGGAGAAGAAAGACUGAGAAACAAUUUACCAAGCAAAGAGAGAUGCCUUUGACUGCAGUGCUGCACCCCUGUGGGGAACAAGUCCUUCUUUAAACGACCUUGCUGUAAGAUCUGGACUCCAUCCAUGUAGGCUGGAGGUGUACGUAUGUGAAUAAAUCACAUUUCUUAAAGCUGUGACAGUCUCUGCCGCGUCUUCAAUUCUCCAAACGAUCACAAACCCUGGGUGGGCGCCUGGAUUGCCCUGGAAUUUUGCUACCGCUCGGCAGAGAGUAGGGGCAGAGCCAAACCUUUGCGACACUAAAUUUAAAACAGCAUCAUAUGAUUUUAAAGUCAUGGCUCCCCCCCAAAGACUCCUGGGAACUGUAGUUUGUUAAGAAUGUCAAAGAGUCGCUAGGGAACCUCUAGUCCCCUCACAGAGCUACAAUUCCCAGAGUUCCCUGGGAAAGAGGGUUGAUUGUUAAACCAGUCUGGGAACUGUAGCUCUGUGAAGGGAAUGGUAAUCUCCUAAACAACUCUCAGCACCCUUAACAAACUACAGUUCCCAAGGUUCUUUGGGGGAAGCCAUGGCUAUUUAAAGUGGUAUUAUGGUGCCUUAAAUGUAUGGUGUGCUUGUGGCCCAAGACAGCAGGCAUACGGGAUUUGGCUGAGGUAAAGUGAGCUUGGUGGGGUACUGCUCCAUUUACAUUAAUGGGCCAGCCUCCAUUGGCUGCAGUAGUUUGGUCCACAGUCUCUAAACGUUAUUUUUGCACUCUAGUUGCUUUGCUCUCUCCGUGUGUGUGUGUGUGUGUGUGUGUGUUUUGCUGCGUUUUAGCAAUCUUUGUCUAAUCUUACCUCAUCAGUUCUUCAGAGUUAGGAUCCUUAUCGUACACUGGCUAUCUUUCAAAAAGCAGCUGACUAAUCAAUUGCACUCCUUUCAGCAAUUGUAAAAAGAGAUACAAUGUGAGGAAGGGCCAUAGCUCAGUGGGAGAGCAUCUGCUUUGCAGGCAAAUUAUCCCUGGUUCAGCCCCCAGUGUCUCCUGCCAGGGAUGGGAGAGUUCUUGGUCUCAAACCCUGGAGAGCUGCUGCCAGCCAGUGCAGACAACAUUGAGCUGCAUGGCCCCAAUUCCUCAGUCAGCUCAGGCCAGAAGACUGCAGGGCAGCAAGGCAGGCUGCAAACCAUGAGAAUCCCUAAUCUGUUUGAUUGCCCAGUGUCAGGAACACGCACUCUAGAUCCCCCCGGAAAAACCUGGAGAAAAAUUAUAUAGACGACAGCAACUCCCCUUUCCUGAUUCUCAAGUCUGCCCUGAGUAUCCAGCUGAGCACAGCUAGGUGAGACCAACUCCACCCUGUUCAUCAUCCACCAAGGUAUCAGGGAUACAAACCAGAUUGGCCUCCUCACCCAUAAUCAGAUCAUAGAUGAGGGGGUCUUAUUCAGAGUCAACCUGGCAUUUAGCAACAGCAGCCGUAGACCCAAGCGUUCCUCUCCUCCCGGACAAAACUCCCUUCCCUUGGUGAAAACUAACAACACCUAUGACAGCAAUAAAAACCCCACAAAUUAAAAACAGUUAAAACAACUAAAGGUAAAAACAGUUAAAACAACUACAGGUUAAGACAGUGGCUGCUUUCAGUCUGCAUACAAUAUGUAGCUGAUUACUUUCUCCCAUUUGACAUUGCUUUUAAUUUUCAAUGAAAUGAACAGGGUAGAAUAACGUAACGACAGUGUAAUUUUUGUAAUUACCGGUAAUUGAAGAACUUACAUACUUUUGCUACAGAGGACGGUGAGACGAAUAACGUGGAUUUUAGCAGAAGGCAAAUGGCAGCAGAACAGAAACAGUUACACGUAUCAAACACGUGGGGCCAAGCAAAACAAUUAUUUAUUAAGCAGCUGUCUCACUCAGUAUAAGGAGGCACAGGUGACAAAGAGGCCUUGCACCUUGAGGGAGUAUCAGCAGAAGAGGGAGUAUCAGCUGGUGUGGCCUGCCAUGCAAGCUACACCUGCUAAAAUUAUAUCCUCUUCACAAUUAUUAAAAGCGCACCAGUCCCUUUUUUGCAUUUGAGUACCAUGGUGGGACGUGGGUGGAGCUGUAGUCUAAACCACUGAGCCUCUUGGGCUUGCCGAUCAAAAGGUUGGUGGUUCAAAUCCCCGCGAUGGGAUGAGCUCCCGUUGCUCAGUCCCAGCUCCUGCCAACCUAGCAGUUCAAAAGUACACCAAAAAAGUGCAAGUAGAUAAAUAGGUACCACUCCAGCGGGAAGGUAAAUGGCAUUUCCGUGCACUGCUCUGGCUUCUCCAGAAGUGGCUUGGUCAUGCUGGCCACAUGACCCAGAAAAACUCUGCGGACAAACGCCAGCUCCCUCAGCCUGUAGAGCGAGGUGAGCGCCGCAACCCCAGAGUCGUCGGUGACUGGACUUAACUGUCAGGGGUCCUUUACCUUUACCUUUUUACCAUGGUGGUGGGGAAGGAGAUUUUCACUGGGAUUAGAGUGGGAAAUUAAAGCCCUUUUCCCAUGUCAUGGCCCUGAUCCACUUCUGAUCCCUUUACCAUUUAUUUGAGUCUCUUUGUGUCAAAAUCAGACACACAGUGUAAUUAUUUAGUGGACAGAAGUCUUUGAUGGUCAGCUUGCUUGGUUUUCUCAUCAAACCAGGCCAGGAUGAUUGACAGUAACCUGGAAAAACACCAGUCCAUUCUGCUUCAGUACUUUUAACAGAAGUUGUGAUUUGUAGGAGUGAGCGUGUGAAGCUGUUCAGGCAUGGAAAUGAAACACUGAAUGGUGGUGGUUCAUUGUUGCAGAGUGAAUUCUUUAAGGGACAUGCGCAUCAGGGUCUGGCUCAAAAUUGGCCACUUGACAUAUUAGGCAAGCGUAUGGUGUGUAUAUAUAUUGCUUCAUUUCAUGGGAAGAUUCUCCAUUCCAUUCCUGUAUUGCUUUUCUUGUAUGUUCUGUCUUCCAUUUCUCCCUUUCCGCAUUCUAGUUUAAAUAGAAGAGUUUCUAAAAUUAAAUUCUAAGGUAAUGCAAAAGAGGACACAGAUACCUGCACUGUUAAUUUGUGUAAAAAAAAAGGAGAGUUCAGCAGGCAUAGUAUGUCCUGGGCUUAUCUCUUCUACAUAACUGUUAAAGGUGCAGGAGUACCUGCCUUUCCAUCCAAAUACCUUAUCACAAAUCGUACUUUCUGGCCUGGAAACAGGGUGGAUGGAUGCAAAGGAAGGCAUAGUUGCAUAGAAUAGAGGCAGGCAUAGGCAAACUUGGCCCUCCAGAUGUUUUGGGACUACAACUCUCACGAUCCCUAGCUAACAGGACCAGUGGUCAGGGAUGAUGGGAACUGUAGUCCCAAAACAUCUGGAGGGCCGAGUUUGCCUUUGCCUGGAAUAAUGUCAGCAGGUGUAGCUGAAAUUUUCAUGCAAGGCACAUCAUUUGAAAUUCUCUCUUCUACGCAACUAUUAAAAGUACUGCAGAGGAGCUUUCUUUUCUGAAAGUAGGUCAUGCUCAGUUUGUGUCAGUUCCUCCAAUUCCUUCCCCCUUCCAGAUCACCAGAGUGCCUAUCUGUAGGGAUCAAAUACUGCAAGGAAAGGACGAAACAAGAAUGAAAGCGCAACCUUUACAGGAUUGUCCUAUGCACAGCUGUAGCGAGAUUAUUUUUGUAGAGUGUUUCGGCAACACAAAGGCACUCCUGUGUCUUCAUGCAAUUUUAUUUUCGGUCCCGCCCAGUCUGCUUUUUCAGUUUGAUCCGUACUCACGAUAGUCAGUGAAGAUACACAUUCGUGAAACUCAGCACCGAAAGAAUCUUGAUGCAAUCGUUCGCAGAAGUACACCAUGAUGGUUAAAAUAGCAAAAACAAUAAACCGAGGUAGUGCAGAUGGCCAAUGGGAAACUGUAGGAAGUGAAAGCUGUGGCCAGUAGUUUGCGAACAGUACUCUGUACGAUGACUGAUCUUUUUUGUUGUUAUUGUUAAGGAACAACUAAUCGUUGAAGGCAUUUGAGAACAACAAAACAGGCAGUUUGGAACUCCCAAAACUCAGGAAUAAAUUGGGAUGGGGACAAUUUCCAAAUCAUCCCUAGUUUGGAGGAGCUGCUGGUUUUUCCCCCCGGAACCCUAGCUUUCAAUCUGUGUCCUGGGGGCCCCUAGGGAUCUGCAGAAGCUUACCGGGGGCUCCUGAAGGACAGUGUCAGUCAGUAAUAGUAGCCAAACUUCUCUGAAUGGCAGCUGGCCCACCACAACUCAAUUUCACAGCUGCAGGAUGUGCUGCGAAGGGUUGCAUUGGGUGACCCGGGGCCAAAGAGGGCAGGUUCCUCCCCAUUUAAUUAAUUGCACAGAAAAGAAAUUCCAGCAGGUAUAGUUUGCACGACACCUGCUAAAAUCCCCUCUGCUAGUCACUUAAUUGAAGGUGCAGCAGCCUUUUCCUUGUGCCCAUCUCUUCGUUCAUGCUCCCAGUUUGUGCAGGACAGUAUCCCCCUGAAUGCUGGUCACUGGGGGGGCAGCAAGAGGAGAGGUCUUUGGUCCCCGUGCUGCGGUGGCUGGUGCCCAUUGCAACCGAUGGGGCAGAAGACAGUGAGCCCCAGCGCUACUUGGAGCCAGAGCAAAGGACUUCUAGCUUUGACCCCAUCUCCUCCCUCCUGAGUUAUACAACGGCAACACUGAGACUCAGGAGGAGGAGGAGCCAGACAGGGUGAGUGGUAGAGCAUCUUUUGGGCAUGCAGGAGGUCGCAGAUUCAAUCCCCACAUCUCCCCUUAAGGCUGGGAGAAAGACCCUUGUCUGGAACCCUGGAGAACUGCUGCCAGGCUGUGUUAGACAAUACUGCACAAGCAGGACCAGUGUCUGAAUCAGUAUAACCUAAGAGUCUCAUCUACAAAUCUUUAAUGCACAAGCAGGUGGAGACGGGAGGAAGUGUUUUCUUUAGGUACUUCUCUGCUAAGCUGUUUAGGGCUUGAAAGGUAGGUGCCAGCACCUCGCACUGGACUCAGAAGUAAAUAGGCAGCCAGUACAAUUAUUUCAGAAGUUGUGUAAUAUGGCUUCAGAUAAGAAUUAUAGCAGCCUAAUUUUGAAUUCUUUGACACUGUGUAACAACAACAACAACAACAACAACAAUAGUAACAGUCCUAGUAUAUUAGGAUUGCCAUAUUUCAAAAAGUGAAAAUCCGGACACAAAAGUUGUUAAACUUUUUUUGGCAAAGUUGUUGAGCUUUAUUGGCAAAAACACAAACAAUAAUGUAGUUUUUGAGCUAUUUUAAAGGGAAACUGCCCAAAACGACACUGCCGACAUGGGUUGACAUAUGUCCAGGUUUUCCUGAACAUUUUAGCGAUUUCCGCCCGGACACUGCUUCCGACUGCAGUCUUCUGGCCGUGUCCAGGAAAUUCCAGACAUAUAGCAACCCUACAUAGUUAAUGGUCAGUGAACACCUUUCGCUUUCUGUUCCUCACUGUUAUAUACCUCUUGCUGAACUCCCCCAAAACUGUUCAAAACCUCUGCCUCCUUCUCCUCUAAGUAUUCUUAUAGUCUCCUUGUCUGAAAUUCGCUGCCCAUAUCGAUGGGAAUUUCUGUGUGAAAACGUUAAAGUUGUUUUACCGAAUUGUCUGCUCAGUGACUCCCCUCCUUUCCCCAAACGUGACAGGAGAAAGAUCUGAGAGACACGCCGAGAGAAAUAUUCUGACCCAUCUAGAGUUAACAGGCUACUGAUUUUCUGUGUUUCUUUUCCAAGAGACACUGGUCAUUCCUUAGGCAGCCCUGUACUGGGAAGUUUUUAAUGUUUGAUGUUUUGCUAUGUUUUUAUUAUGUUGAAAGCUGCCCAGAGUUGCUGGGGCAACCCAGGCAGAUGGGCGGGGUAGAAAUAAUACAACAACAUCAUUAUUUUUAAUACUAUUAUUAUUAUUAUUAUUAUCACUGUGAAGGACUGUCAGUCCUCGUUUGGCUGUCUGUUUCUUUGCUGGAGUGUGUGUGUGGGGGGGGGGUUGCUCCCAUGGGUCUAAUAAUUUUUCUGCCUGCUGCAGCAAUUGUAAUAUGCCAUGCUAGAUGCAGCACAAUUUAAAAUUGUAUCUUUAUUGCUUCUUUUAUUUCUUGAAUUGCGUUUUAUUGUAUUACAAUUUUCAUUUCGUAGGAACAGAACGUAGAGCAGUAUCACAGCACUUCAAACUGUCUUCCCCCAAAGAAUCCAAGGAACUCUAGUUUGUUAAGGAUACUGUGAGUUGGUAGGCAACCUGUGUUUCCUUCACAGAUUCACUUUGAUUGUGACUUCAAGCUGGGGAUGAUGUGAGCCCUUACCUGCCAUUUAGCAUGGUACAGGAGGUCCGGUGUGGGCUUCUCAUCUUCCUGAGAAUGAGGCCUAAGUCACCCUAGUAGCCCAACGAUUCCUCUGAGUAUCAUAUGAGGGGAUCACAGAAUCAUCAUCAUCGCUUUAUUUGUACGCCGCCUUUCCAUAGUUAAAACAGUGCUCAAGGCGGCUUACAACAUGACAAGAUUUACACAAUUACCAACACAACAAAAGUCAUAAACAAUAAAUAAAACACAUCAAAAAGUACACAACCAAAUGGAAAACAAUUUCCACAUAAAUCAUAAAAUCUAGAACUAAGAAUACAGCAUUAAUAUGAAUCACAAUUUAAAAUGACAUAGAUAAAAAGAAUUAAACAAAAAGAAAAGAAAACGUUAUACACCUUGUGUAUAAAGAUGAACAUUUGAGCUCCAGCACUGCAUGUUAGUAGUAGGAGCUUUGUUAACCACGAUUAAUAUGAACCAGGAUUCCUUAUUAACCCAAGUUUUAACCAAAUCAAAAAACAACUAGAAACAGUGGUUUUGAGGCUCAGUAAUUUCACAUCUUGAAUGACUAAAUUGUACCAUAUAAUCAUAGAAUUGCAGAGUUGGAAGGGUCAUCUAGUCCAGCCUCCUGCAAUGUAGGAAUCUUUUGUCCAAUGUGGGACUCGAACCCGCAACCCUGAGGUUAAGAGUCUCCUGCUCUACUGAUGGAGAACAGAGCAAGUUCAGUGGGCAUGAAGUGCUACCUGACUAUUGGGAACAGAAUGGAGUGUGCUGUAGAAAGGCCUGGCCACCUGGCUAGAAUGCUGAAGAGGAGCUUUCUACACUGCAAUAUUUUGUCGCAGUGCCUCCCUCCUCCCCCACUUUAGAAUAAGUGAUUUUAUCUGCCAGGCCCCAGCAGCUUUGCUCUGUGGGCUUGAGGUAGCAAGCAUGUGUUUGCUGAAGGAGCCAGGAGAGAACCAAACCACACAGCUCUCUUCCCCCUGCAUUGGAUGAUACCAUCUCCCCACCAGUAGUGCCUGCAGAAAUGUCUGCUCAGCACCCCCAAAGACUUCUGCUUUUGGUGCAUGAAGGAACGCGCAGCAGCACCCUGGCGCUGGGUGUUGGGAAACAGGCGCCUCAUGCAAACUCUCCUGCAAGACAAAUUUCAAGCCUAUGAGGCCUGGCCUGUGCUAUUCUGCAGGAGGGGAAUGGCGUAUUUCAAUGUUCCCAUUCUUUUAGUUUUGGCUUUUUAAAAUCUCCCUGCAAGUAGAGGUUUAGUAUAGCAGGAAGAUAGCUGAGCUCAAACCUUUCUCCUGAAUGUGCUCCCCACCUCGUGUUUUCCCCAACAGCAGGCAGGAGUUACUGGUUUUCCUUUUCCUUUUUUUUUGCAUGGGAGAGCAUUCAAAGACACUACCCCCAUCCUGAAGCUUGAAGUCACACCUGCCGGAAUUUUUCCUCCUUGUUCUCUUGCACAUGACAGGGUCUAUUUAUGUAGGAUCGGAUAAUCGUUAUGUUGUGGGAUGGCCACCUGUCAUGGAAGCUGUAGUUGAGAUUCCUGCAUCGCAGGGGCUUGGAAGAGAUGGUCCUUGGGGCAGGGGCGGAGCAAGGUGGGUGCGGUCCUCCCCUUGUGUCACCUCUGAGGGGGAUGACAAAAUGCUGUGUGGCCCUCAAUGUCUGUGAGAGACUCUGUGGCUUUGGCGUGCGCUGGCUUCCCGCUGCCAGCUUCCCCCUCAGCUGUAGGCAGACUCCUUGUUGCAAGGCAUGUGAUCUCUGCAAAAAAAAGCUCAAAAACUCUAGCUCCCACCCAAAAUAUGAAAUAAAGUCAAACCAUUUUUGCAGGCAAAAAAAUAAAAUAAAAAAGUCAAUGUGUGCGGGGAGGGGGGUGACAAGAAAUUUUCCGCACUGGGUACCACCUAACCUUGCUACACCACUGCCUUGGGGGUCCCUUCCAAUUCUAUGAUUGCUCUGUCCAUUGAACCACACGGGCUGUUUAGACUCAGGAACCCCGAGGGAGCUGGUUUUCUUUCGUGACUGGACUUAAGAGCUCCAGCGCUGAUUGCGAGCAACCUCCUCCCUCAGUUUCCUGAGCUGGGGGUGCGUCAUCGCCCGGGAAUUCCAUUGUCGAGAUAGGGCCGGGAUUUGUGGAAACCUCGCUGUGCAGUCCUGGGAAAGCUCAGCCAUUGACUUCCCCACCUGUUCCGUUUUUCAAACCAGAACCUGCCGUACGGAGCCGGCCCAAUUGUUAGGCAGGGUAAGGCAGCAGAUACUGGAGCGGUGGGCAGCAAAGUUCUGGAGGACCAAGCUCUGUGGUGCACACAACCUGCCCUCUGUACUAGGGUUGAAUCAAUUUGUCAACUGCACUUUCUUAUCUUCCCCGGUUUAGGUUCGUUUUGCCACAUUUCUGUAUGUUUCCAAAACUCUUAUUGGAAAAAAAUGCAAGCAGAUUAUUAGUGUGCGUUUCUCCGAAUGCACUCAUAUUUGCACAGCAUUUCCCCCUAACAGCAUACAUGGAGGGAGCCCCACCAACCUGGGCCAUAGUUGGAGUAUUUGCUUUGCAAAACGUCCCAGGCUCAACCCCCGGUGUAUUCAGGUAGGGCUGGGAAUAACCCCAGUCUGAAAUCCUGCAGAGCUGCUGUGUAGACAGUUCUGAGCUAGAUGGACCACUGGUCUGACUCAGGAUCAGGCAUUUCCUAUGUUCGCCCAGGAAGCAAAACAUAUUGGGUCUCCCUUGCUACUACAGGUCUCAAGUGACUUUAUAUCUGCUUUUCAAAGCCCUGGUGAGAAGCCGUUGGGACUUGAGAGACAGAAGUGUUUGAUGUUUUGGUUUCAGUCCUGCAUAAUCCCAGCUCUCUCUGUACUCAGUUUCCAUUCCUUCUGGGACCAGCCCUACUGUUUGGCAGGGUGAAGCGACUCAGCUCAGGCUGCAAAUUGGGGUGGCCAAAUGCAAAAGAAAACAGGGUUCCUGUGCCUUGAACAGUCAUGUAGAAAGGAUUUCAAUACCUGCUGAAAUUCCUGGGGCAGGAACCUUGUCCUCCCUGCUGCAAAUCCUGCAGUACUUUUGGGGAGCACUGAACUUGUUCAUCCUUCUUAGCUUAUUAUUGUCCUUUCUUUUAGCCAAUAGGGUUUAGAUUUUUCUGCCUCUGGCACCGACAUUCUUUCAUUCCCAGAAAAGGGGAAGGAUGGCAAAUUCUUUGGAAACCUAACAUUACUGGAAGUGGCAGCAUUACUGAGGAGAUCAGUCUCAUGAGAGAAGCUUGGCCCAGUCAUUGCAUUGUUUUAACUUCAAGCGUGUUGUUAAAAACUCUUUCAUCUACUCGGGCUUUUAAAGCCAGUUUACCCUAAUAGGAUUGUUUUCUUUAGAGUUCCAAAUGUGUGUGUGUGUGUGUCUCUCUCUCAUCCUUGUUUUCUGAUGGUUCUGUUUAGGUUGGCUUCUUUGAUUAUUUUAUUGUUGUAUGUUGCCAUGAGUUUGGGGAACUAUGAAUAAUAAUAAUAAUAAUAAGUAUUGUUAUUAUUAAUCAUUCCCCCAUUCCUGUAAGGAGCUCAGAGUUCUCCCAUGUGCUCCAGCAGACAUUUUGCAUGGACUGGGGAACCUUUGGCCCUCCCAGAUGUUGCUGAGCUACAGUUGCCAUCUUCCUUGACCAGUGGCCCUGCUGACUGGCGCUGAUGGGAGCUGGAGCUCGCAAGAUCCUCUUCCCUUGAUUCCCAAACCCUGAUCCUUUGCUUGUACACUUUCCCCCCACGCUUGCAGGAGGCGCUGUCAGUCGUAAGCGAGGACCAGUCCAUAUUCGACCCAUCCUUUGGCACCCCGCACCUCCUGAAGACAGAGCUGCCCUCGGUGGACAACUACGGUGGCAAGGAGGGCAUCGGUCUGGAGGAGCCCCAGUGGCAAGCCCAGGCCAACAGCAGAGGCCAUGUGGUGAAGCAGGAGAAUGAGCAGGUCAACUGCUCCAGCAGGUCAGUGGCACUUCUUUGAGCUGGCUAGCAGAAAUCUCCCUUCCUCCCAGCAGCCAUCAUCAAGCUUGAAGGGCUAAUUUUCUUGUAAUCAUGUGGCUGCUUAAGGCCCAGGAACCAGCUGACAGGGACUGCAUACACGCCAUCCAGUCAAAGCAUGCUCUCCCCAAAAGAAUCCUGGGAGUUGUAGUUUGUUAAGGGUCCUGGGAAUUAUAGCUCUGUGAGUUUCCAGGAUUCUUUGGAGGUGCUUUAAAUGUGUGUUGUAUAUGCAGCGUAGCAUUCCCUGCCUCUACAGCUUGCCUAACCCAGAUCUCUGCAUUCUUUCCAUCUGAGGUGGCCGCUUUUUCUUUCUAUUUUGCUCAGAACUUGCUGCUGUGCCUUUAAGAGCAGACUGCUUACAGGGACAUAAAGAGCAGGCGCCGAGAGGCAAUCCUUUUACCUCCAUAUUGCCUGCCCGUUUCUUGCAAACCAGGCUGCUGUUUAAAGCGCAAAGAGCAAACCAGGCUUUAUUAUUAUUGUUAUUCCUGGUCAGUUGGCAACCCUUCUGAAGCUCUUGGGCUUGUUUGCCCUGCCGUUGCAAAGAUCUGAUGCACAGAGGCAGGGCAGGCCAUUGGUGGCUGGUGCCCACUGGGACUGGCAGAGUGAGCGGCAGUGAGGCCAGCGAUAGGCAGAUCUAACCAGGACCUGGGAGACCAGGGUUCAAAUCCCCACUCAACCAUGGCCCUGUAUCUCAGCCGAACCUACCUCACAGGAUUAAAUGAGGAGGCAGGGAGCCAGGGUACACGCCACUCUGAACACCUUGAGGGAAAGGGUAGAAUACAAAUGCAAUGAAUACAUAUAAAUAUUCUUCUUAACGGACCAUGCUGCAGUGAGGAUGGGGUGAUUCCCUACCCUGCUGCAGCGCCUGGGCCUUUCAGACCAACUUUACUGGCUGCAGGACGUAUCUUCCCCUGGAGCUUGUGGCUGCUCUCAAACCCACAGGAAACAACUCACUUCCCCUUCAGCCAAGCAGUUUAUAUUAGGCGAAUUUGCAUCAACCAACGGGCAUCUGGUGCAAAAGAGGUUAGCGUAGUUCAGGGCUUCCCAACUUCUUUCUAAAAGAGGCUGAACCUCAGCUCAAGCCCUGCUCAAAAGGAAGGUGAAUUCGAGGGAGGGACGCAGCUACAAUUCCCAGAGUGGCUUAACAACCACCCCUCUUCGCAAGGAAUGCUGGGAAUCGUAGCUCAAUGAAGGGGACAGGAGACUCCUAACAAUUCUCAGCAGCUACCAGACAAACUACAGCUCCCAGAAUUCUCUGGGGGUGAAGUCGCCGCUGUUUGAAGUGGUAUCAUAGUGCUUUUAAUUGAUGGUGUGGAUGUUGACCCAAGACGCCACAGCCACCACAGAAAAAGCCUGUUCUUGUGCUGCCAUGCUCAGGAGGAGGAGGCAGCACAUGAAGAAGGGCCUCAGAGGAUGGCUGGUUUCUGCCUCUGUCAUUGAUACACAUAGAGACCUAUAAGCUCAGCUAACUAGCCAGGCUAGAGGCCUUGUGCCUUAUCUUGUGCUAGGAGCAGCUUUAGUCCCAAGGUUGUAAACAACAUUCCUAAGUGUCUACAUUUGACAAUGAGAUGUGCUCUGCUCAAAUGUCCAAACCCCCUCAGGUAGAAAAGGAAUGCAAAGAGACCACCUGCAGCAGGGGCUGCUUAGAGAGAGAGUCCUUUGUUUCCUUGCCGAAUGAAUAUGUAAUGAAGGAAAGACCAUACAUGGUAUAAUUCGUAUUGUGUUGUAACUUUAGAUUGGAGGAGGUUUAUGCAUAUGUAUUGCUUUAAUAGAUAACAGCUUUGUAUAUUAAGAAGGCCCCACCUUUUCAGGGCUUUGCUCAGCUUUUGUAGAGUGAUCCCACUGAGCCAUUAUUGCUAGCAAUAAACACUCUUUGUUUUCUCACCGCUGUGUGGAGAUUUCCUUCAUAAUCAUAAUCAUAAUCAUAAUCAUAAUAAUAAUUUAUUAUUUAUACCCCGUCCAUCUGGCUGGACUUCCCCAGCCACUCUGUGUGGCUUCCAACAAAAUAUUAAAAUACCGUAAUGCAUCAAACAUUAAAAGCUUCCCUAAACAGGGCUGCCUUCAGAUGUCUUCUAAAAGUCUGGUAGUUGUUGUUCUCUUUGACAUCUGGUGGGAGGGCGUUCCACAGGGCGAGUGCCACUACCGAGAAGACCCUCUGCCUGGUUCCCUGUAACUUGGCUUCUCACAGUGAGGAAACUGCCAAAAGGCCCUCGGCGCUGGACCUCAGUGUCCGGGCAGAAUGAUGGAGGUGGAGACGCUCCUUCAGAUAUACUGGACUGAGGCCGUUUAGGGCUUUAAAGGUCAACACCAACACUGAAUUGUGCUUGGAAACAUACUGGGAGCCAAUGUAGGUCUUUCAAGACUGGUGUUAUGUGAUCUCGGUGGCCGCUCCCAGUCACCAGUCUAGCUGCCGCGUUCUGGAUUAGUUGUAGUUUCCAGGACACCUUCAAAGGUAGCCCCACGUAGAGUGCAUUGCAGUAGUCCAAGCGGGAGAGAACCAGAGCCUCAAACGUUGAUUUUUGCUAUAUCAUCACCUGCGAAAUGCUGGGAGAGCGCCGUUCAGUUGUGGCAAGUUUUCAGACCUCAGUGAGCACGUUGUCCAACAAAGUCUCCUCUCCCUCUCUUCUCCACCAGCAGGCAAUCGCCCGUGGACUGCAGUGUGACACGGAGGGGCAAAUCAGGGGGAGCAGUUGACCCGUCCCAGGUAUCCUAUCCAGCAGGAUACAACAACCAGCGCAGCAGCCCACCUGUUAACCCCCCCAGCGAGGAGAAGAGGGUCAUUGUCCCAGCAGGUCAGUAUAUGGGGGCUUUCUGGCAUCUCCCCGCCCUUCUCCCCGACUUCUGGUUCACACGCUAUGCUGAACUCAGCUACAAGCUCUCUCUACACAUGUACAAGGGUGUGUGUGAAAUAGUGUGUGCUUGUUGGUUUCUGCAGCUGAGCUUUUGUGUGCACAGACUGUACACUUGUUGAAUGUAAUGUGUGAAUACCCCUGCUGGCUUCUUGUAUUGGGGAACAGCCUUUUCUUCCAGUAAUGGCUGGUUUCCCAGGCUGUUAUUCCACCUGCUGUGGGCAACUACCAAAUCCCAUUUGUAACCUGUACUCUUGACACAAGGGAUGGUGACCAAAUCACUUCAUUUAGAACAAACUCUAACACAUGUAAAGCAUGAGAAAAGCCCACCAGAAACCUGUAUCCUUUCAGGUGCUUCUAGAACUCCUCAGCUUUUGUGUAAAACCAGGACUACACUAGAAAGUAAGGGGUGGUGGUGGUGGAUGACUGUUCAAUUAGAAGUGACAGGAAAUCACACAUCACAUGCUCAGAGGCACAAUCAUCUUACAUAUUCCCGGUCUGAGCUCUAAACUUCAAAAUAGGUCAAGAAAGGCCUAUGGAUGGUGUAAUGUUAAGAAAUUCCAGGACAUGUUUUAUGCGAACCAUUUCACCAAACAUAAGAGCACCCCGCAGAACCGAUUAUGGUAGGGUUGCCAUAAUUCAGAAAGAGAAAAUCCAGACAGAAAAGUUGUUGAUUCUGUUUCGCAAAAUCGCAAAGAAAUGAGGUUUCAGAGGUAUUUCCCCCCAGAAAUCGCUGAUAUCGCCACUUCCAAUAUGGGUUGCACCAUGCAUUUAAAGCACAUGACUCCCCCCUCAAAGUAUGCUGGGAACUGUAGCUUGUUAAGGGUGCCAGGAAUUGUAGCACUAUGAGUGGUAAAUUACAGUUCCCAGGAUAUUUUAAAGCAUGCGCCUUUGAUGUAUGGUGUGUACUCAGAGGUAGCCUCACUAUCAUAUUGCCCCAAAGUAUCCUGGGAACUGGAGUUUGCUAAGCGUGCUGGGAAUUAGCUCUGUGAGGUGUGAGGGGCCUGCAGAGGGUGUUCUGCCCAAGGAACAUCCAAAACCUGGAGCCAACAUUGUACCCAGACACCUGUAUCUCUCCAACAGACCCUGGCGUGUGGACCCACGAACACGUCCGCCAGUGGCUUGACUGGGCAGUGAAGGAGUACGACCUCAUCGACGUUGAAACCGGCCUCUUCCAGCAUGUGGACGGCAAGGAGCUGUGCAAACUUGGCAAGGAAGGUUUCCUGAGGCUCACUACACCAUACAACGCCGACGUGUUGCUGUCUCACCUCAAUUACCUGCGCCAGAGUAAGGCCAUUGACAGGCUCGGGGUGGCAAAACUCAGUUUUCAGAUAGAGGCUGCGUGUGGAACAGGGGGGCGUUGCACAAUAGCCACUUCUAAAAAUUGCUUUCUGCUCCCUCAUGGGGAGCUGGUUAUCUGAACCAUGCAACACUAUCAGGAGAAUUGCAUGACAGAUCUGUGGCAAAAUUGCGGUGCUGGACAGUAGGAGUAUUCAUUUCCUCCAAAAACGCCUUGCAUGUAGAGCAUUAGCCGCUCAGGGAACCUGCUUCCAUGACACACUAACUUUCCAUGUGUGGGGUGGUUUCAAAGAAGGGAUACGCAUUCAAAUGAAAGAUCCUCCGCUUCCAGUCUGAAGCAGUGCAAGAAUCCUAUCACGCUUGACACAUGCCUUAUGCAAAGUCAGGUUUUUGAUCCAUCUAGGUUUUUCUUUUCUAGCCCUGCUCCCUGACACCAUGGCACAGUGACAGAGCAUGUGUAAGGUCGUAGUUUUGUCCCCCAAGCUCGCCUCUUUGCAGGGGAUGGAGAAGAACUAAGAACAUCAGAAUAUGUCAAAUGCCCAUCUAGCCCAGCCAGCAUCCUGUUCUCACUGUGGCCAACCACAUACCUAUGGGAAGCUCAAAAGUAGGAGCUGAGCAUAAUAGCUACCUCCCCAUCUAUGAUUCCUAGCAACUGAUAUUCAAGAGUAUACUGCUAGCAACCAUGGAAGUAGAACAUAUCCAAUGUGGAAUUUGAGACCCUGGACUUAGAGGCCUAGUGGGAAGCAGAUUCCUUAGCUCAGGCAUAGGCAAACUCAGCCCUCCAGAUGUUUUGGGACUACAACUCCCAUCAUCCCUGACCUGGUCCUGUUAGUUAGGGAUGAUGGGAAUUGUAGUCCCAAAACAUCUGGAGGGCCGAGUUUGCCUAUGCCUGCCUUAGCUCUUGAACUAGCUUGGAAAGUAUUCUAUUAUUCUUACUGCAACUACGAUUACCCUGUGAUAAUAGCAAACGAAACCUCAAUCUGUGACUGGCCAAUGACUACCGCAGCCCCUCCUGCCCUCUAGUAACUCUUCUGCAUUUCUCUCUCCUCCACCCAGGCAGCCCCACUUUUACGUAUCCGCCUGCGCCGGUCAUUACUCAGCAGCCCCCGCCCCCGCCACCCCCGAGGGCCCAAGUCAAAUCCGGUAAGUUGCCAGCAAAGGUAAUGGCAAGAUUGGGACGUGGGGCUGGGAUAGGACCCGCGUCUCACAGAUCUCACAUGAAAGCAAAGUUGUGGUGCUUGAGAGUGAGCCACAGAGUCAGGGGAGGUCUGGCUAUAGACCCAAUCUGGCAAUCCUCAGCUUCUGUAGUAGUCAUUAUCGAUAUCCCCCAUUCUCUCACAUUUUACAGAGAAUCAUUGAUGCCAACCUGCUGCAGGCUGGUGUUUCUCAGUGUUUCAUUCCCAACUUUUCCAAACUACUGUGUUUUAAAAAGAAGAAAAGAAUUGCAGCUCCAGCCUCUCCAGGUGCAAAACACCACUGAGGCUCUUCAGAGCUACUGCACCUUUAGUUAGAAGCUUCCUCCUUGUAGCUUUUGCCACUAAUUGCUUCCUGUUGAAAGCGGCGAAGUGUUAGGGAUUGCCCCUUAAUUUGUCAUGUCUCUGCAUGGAGGGGGGGAGAGCGCAUAUAUAUUUGGUUGUUACACAGUAUUGCAAGCAUGAUGAACAUGGACAAAUACACCGCCGUUUCCCAUUUUACAAGACCUCCGCUUUGAAUCAUCUGUGCACUGUGUCUUUCCUCCCUGAAAUAGCACCUCUGUUUAAUUCAGGCCCAUUUUAUCUCUCUUGGUACAGAGUCUGCAUAUGAAGAAAUACGGCGCAACAGCUGGGGCAGCGGUUCCAUCAGCACAACUUCCAAAGGUACUAGUUAGUCAUUCCCAGAAUAAAAAAUGGGAAGGCUGCAUUUUUAAUCUCUCUCCUCUGGUUGUGUUGAUAUGGGGCAGGGCCAUAGCUCAGCGGUCCAGAACAUCUGCUUCUAGUGCAGAAGGUCUCAGGUUCAAUCCCUGGCAUCUCCAGCUAGGGCUGGGAGAGACCCUCCUGCCUCCUGAAUCCUGGAAAGCUGCUGCCAGCCAGUGUAGGCAAUCCUGAGCUAGCUGGACCGGGGGAGGCAGGGUUGACAGCUCCCGGUUCUCCUAACCUGCUUGGCCAGGAAUUACUCGUUCUCAGUCUGCAUGGACUGGAUGGACAAAGCUACAGGUGCCCGAUAGGCAGAGGACCCCUCCAGAUGUCCUUUUUCUUGUGCACACAUGAUUAUUUGUUCUCAUGGAGCCAGAACACAGAGUCAUUCAACAAAGCUAAAGGGUAUGAGAUUCAGGAGAACGAGAGAAGAAGUGCACCCUUAAUAAUAAGAAGAAUUUAUUAUUUAUACCCUGCCCAUCUGGCUGGGAUUCCCCAGCCACUCUGGGCAGCUCCCAACAGAACGUUUAAAAACACAAUAAGAGAUCAAACAUUUAAAACUUCCCUAAACAGGGCUGCCUUCAGAUGUCUUCUAAAAGUCAGAUAGUUGUUUAUUUCCUUGACAUCUGAAGGGAGGGCAUUCCACAGGGCAGGCGCUGCUACCCAAAAGGCCCUGUGCCUGGUUCCUUGUAACUUCACUUCUCGCAGUGAGGGAACUACCAGAAGGCCCUCAGAGUUGGACCUCAGUGUCUGGGUAGAACACUGGGGGUGGAGACGCUCCUUCAGGUAUAGUGGGUUGAGGCUUUAAAGGUCAGCACCAACACUUUGAAUUGUGCUCAGAAACGUACUGGGAGCCAAUGUAGAUCUUGGUGGCCACUCCCAGUCUAGCUGCCGCAUUCUGGAUUAGUUGUAGUUUCCGGGUCACCUUCAAAGGUAGCCCCACGUAGAGUGCAUUGCAGUAGUCAAAGCGGGAGAUAACUAGAGCAUGCACUACUCUGUUGAGACACAGUCUGCGGGCAGGUAGGGUCUCAGCCUGCAUACCAGAUGGAGUUGGUAGACAGCUGCCCUGGACACGGAAUUGACCUGCGCCUCCAUGGACAGCUGUGAACAUAGAGAUAAUGUUAAACUACAGAACUUGCUUCCACAGCAAGCUUCCACCAACCUACAUCAACCUACAUUGCUUUUACAAGGUGAUUAGACAAAUUUAUAGAAGUUAAGUGCAUAGAUGGUUACUCAUCCUGAUGGCUGUAGGAUACCUUUUGAGAUCAGUGUGCCCUUGAAUACCAGCUGCCGGGAACGAAAGCAGGACAGAGCCAUGGGGCUCAGGCCCCUCUUGCAGACUGUCCAUAGGCAUCUGGUUGACCCCUGUGAGGAACAGGAUGCUGGUCUAGGUGGGCCUUUGGCCUGAUCCUGCCAUGCUGUUCUUUUGUUCUUUUGACUUCAGUCAAGGGGAAAUAGUUCUCAGCCCCAGUGAAAUCAAAUAAUUGCAUAUGGACAUCUUUUGUUUCUCUCUCUUAAUGCUUCCCUUGCUGCUUUUCCAUCUUCAAGGUUCUCCACCACAGAUCCAGGGUGUCAGCAGGACUCCUGAUUCAACACGCAUUGCUCCAGGUACAGUUUUUCACCUUUCCUAGGAGGAGUUUGCACCAUUUCCUGCCUUGGGACUGCCACCCUUUUUUUUUAUCAGCCUCUGUUCCUGUGCUUUUAACAACAGCAUCAUCUGCAACCCAGCAAGGGCUCCAGUGUAUUUCCAUCCUGUCAAAAGGAUCACCUGCUGAUUUCUGUAGAUCAGGUUGUUAAAGGCAGAAGAGCAGAUUAGGCUCCUCUUUUUCUGGUCAGUUGGCAACUAUGCUUUCUAAUGACACCACACAUUUUGUGAUGUGGGGAUGGCAAGCAUAUUCUUAUAAUGCUUUCAAACGAAUAUAUUUAGCUUGCGCAGGUGGAAGGGGCAAAACAGGACUCUUAUAUCCACGGUGUUGAAGAGAAAAUUUUGACAGGUGCAACUUGUCAUGUCAGAGUUCUGAAGGGAAGGGAAAAUGUGCACUAGCUAAAAAUCUCUCUUCUGUAUAAACAGAGGAGAUAGAUCAUGGACUUCAACAGGUCACCCUAGCAUCAAUGGCAUGCCUUUAUUUAAAUAUACGUUCCUUCUUACCCCUAAUAUAUUUUCCACUCACGUUUCAUCUCCACAACAGCUUUGUGGGGUUGGUUGUGGCAAUUUUUCUGCGGCUGGAGAAAAAAAAGCUGAGGAGCAGAGAUGCUUCCAAGGUCACAAAUAAGACCACAGCUGAGCUGAGCGGUAGCCAACUUUUUUUAAUGGCAGGGCUCCUGUGCCUUUAACGGCUAUGUGGCUAGCAAGAAUUCAGCUGACAAAGCUUUUCUCAGCAUGGAAAGAACAGUGAUGGGGAAAGAAUUGUUGGCUUGGUUGGAUUUCUGCUUGCCACUCAGCUCCUAAAGACCUUGCUAAGAAGAGAUGUUGGCAAACUAACAAGGUGGUGAUUUGAACUUGGCUCCCAAUGCAAUAGCAUCUAGUAGGCCACGGAUGGGGGCCUGUGACCCUCCAGAUAUGGUCAGACUUCAACUCCCAUCAGACCCAACCAGCAUAGCAAAUGCUCAGGGAUGAUGGGAGUUUUAGUCCAGCAACAUCAGGAGAGGGACCCCAGGUUCCUCAUUCCUUGGAGUAGAACAUAGUGGCUCUUGGAGCAGUUGGGCCAGAAGGAGGUCUAGUUGUUACUGAGGUGGUCAAGGAUACCUGUACUUGCUUCAGACGGCAAGUGUGGGCUCACAUUGCUGAAUGCAGAAAUCCUCUCUCCCUGCACAAGGAUUGCUAGCAUGUCGUGCCUACAGCCUAGCCUUGAACUUGACAGGCUAGUUUUCUAUUUGCAGGGACUUUUAUUUACUGAUAUGGAGGAGCAUUCAGCCGCAUGAGCUGCAACCUGCAGUCUGAAGUGGUACGGCCCAGCCCAGAGCUGUACCACCUCAGCCAGAGCUCAGCCGGGAAGCGCCUGAGAACAGCAGUGAGGCUUUCCAGGCGAUGCGACAAGGCAGAGCUGCAGGUGGGGAGCUGCAUCUUACUCCAGCCCCUCUCACGACUCCCUUCUCAUUCUCACCAGAUCCAUACCAGGUCCUGGGACCCACUAGCAGCCGCUUGGCAAACCCAGGUGGGUCCAAACGUCUCUUUCUCUUGGGGAGUUAGAGGGGGUGUGCAGCCGGGCUCGUGGCACAGAGGUGCCAUAAUGGGAAAAGAAAGCUUCGCCUGUUGAAUCCCCUUCUAAGGCUGGGAAAGGGCAGGGAGAUAGCAAAUAGGUGCUUGCAGAGACGAAAGCUCCCACCCGUUUAGCGAGCCAAGCUGUUUGCUGUGACAAAAACUUGGGCAGAGGAUAAUAUGGGAGUGAGGAGCAAAGAUGCACCAUGUUCAAAAGCCCAGUAUUGAUCUCCAAUAGAGAUGGGGAACCUCCGGCCCUCCAGAUGUCAUUGGACUACAACUCCCAUCAUCCAGGGGUCAUGGAUGGUGGGAGUUGUAGUCCAGCAACAUCUAGAGGGCUGCAGGUUCCCUGGCCCACAGCACCUGCCCUCUUAACCUGGCCAACCCACUCGCUGAGCAGCUUCGCAGACAGUUCAGAGUUCUCACCUUUGCCCCCAACCCCAACCCUUAACCAGGCCCCUUCUCUCCCCCGGCAGGCAGCGGUCAGAUCCAGCUGUGGCAGUUCCUCCUGGAGCUGCUGUCAGACAGCAGCAACGCCAACUGCAUCACCUGGGAGGGCACGAACGGCGAGUUCAAGAUGACGGACCCCGACGAAGUGGCUCGGCGGUGGGGCGAGCGCAAGAGCAAGCCCAACAUGAACUACGACAAGCUGAGCCGGGCGUUGCGCUACUAUUACGACAAGAGCAUCAUGACCAAAGUGCACGGCAAGCGCUACGCCUACAAGUUCGAUUUCCAGGGCAUCAACCAGAGCCAGCAAGGGCAGCCGGGAGAACCUGCCCUCUACAAGUACCACCACACGGACCUGCCUUACCUCCCGCCCUACCACCAGCAGAAGGUGGGCUUCGGCCUGGGCCACGCCGCCCAGAUGCCCACUUCCCCCACAGGCUUCUUUGGGCCCACCUCCCCCUACUGGAAUUCCGGCGGGGGCAACCUCUACCCAAACCCCAACGUGCCCAGGCAGCCCGGAAGCCACUUGAGCUCUUUCUUCUAGUCCCCUUGAUGCCUCCGGGGCCCUUCAAGCUACUCUGACUCCUGCAUAAGGCCAGCAGAGCUCAUUGUUCAGACAGCAGCCGAGCCCCAAGACUGUGAAUUAUCCUGGGUGGUGUGGAUGAAGGUCCUACCACCAGGGGGCAACCCUCUCAUCUCCUUUGGCACUUAGUGCAACGCCCAUCUGAUCUCCUCCUUCGCCACUAGGAGGUGAUGAACUUGGCUGGAACUUCUACAGCACAGAUGGGGAGCCCGCAGCUACAACUCCCAUCGUCCUUGACCCAAGGCUGGGGGUGAUGGGAAUUGGAGUCCGGCAACUUGGGGAAAGGGCCACAGCUGCCCCAUCCGCGGCUCCCGAGCGAAUGACAGAGCCUAAUAAGGGCCUCAAAUUUGCAUGCACCAUAGCAGAGGGAACUUGAGGUUGCAAGAGACUUGCUUGGCAUCUUUUCAUGGCUGGCCUAAGACGUUUUGCUGAUGACAAACACAGCUGAGCAGAGCAGGCUAAGGUGGGGGAACAGCACAGGCCGAGGGGGCCUGCAGCCUAGUCCUCCAGCCCUUUGCUGCCACACCUCUCUCACACAAACACACACGACCUCUGCCACCUAAGGUGGCUGUCUCACUCUCCCUUAAUGCCAGUGGUACCCAGAGUGGUUUUCCAAUCAACCCCUCUUCCCAGGGAACUCUGAACUAUAGUUCUGUGAGGGGAAUAGGGGUUGCCUUAACAACUCUUUGGGACACGGGUAGCGCUGGGGUCUAAACCACAGAGCCUAAGGCUUGCCGAUCAGAAGGUCGGCGGUUCGAAUCCAUCCCCGCGACGGGGUGAGCUCCUGUUGCUCGGUCCCUGCUCCUGCCAACCUAGCAGUUCAAAAGCACAUCAAAGUGCAAGUAGAUAAAUAGGUACCGCUCUGGCAGGAAGGUAAACGGUGUUUCCAUGCGCUGCUCUGGUUCACCAGAAGCGGUUUAGUCAUGCUGGCCACAUGACCCGGAAGCUGUACACCGGCUCCCUUGGCCAGUAAAGUGAGAUGAGUGCCGCAACCCCAGAGUCGUCCACGACUGGACCUAAUGGUCAGGGGUCCCUUUAACAACUCUUAGCGCCUCAAGCAAACUACAGUUCCCGAGAUUCUUUGGGGGUGGGGAGCCAUGGCGGUUUAGAUGUAUGCUUUAAAUCUAGGGUGUGAAUAUGCCAUAAUCGCCCUUGUAGAACUUAGCAGAGAAGACAAAACUAGAAUGAGUCAGCUCUGCCAGUCAUUGGUUCUGGCUCCCCCUACUGUUGGGCUCCCUGCUUUCUGCCCUGUCGGCCCCAGUGGGCCACUGAGGAGGUCAAGCCUAUAUGUUAAGACUAGCAGCUGCUGGGGGAGAAGAGACACUGACAUACAGUACAGCCACAACAAUAGCAGCGCCAUUUUCUCUUGGAACAUCAAAUUCCACUCUCUGUUUCCAAACCCUGGUGUGACAAUAGAAGUAGCAUUUUCCAGCAUGGCAGUGAUGGUUGAAAAGGGCCUUUGCUCCUGACUUGGGCAUUUCCAGUGUAUUUGGGCAGUGGGGGGUGGGGGGGGAGAUUAAGGUAACAAGUGCUUAUUGGCUAGCACUCAUGCCAUCACCAGGGCUGCUUUUGCCCCCUUAAGUCAGCCCACGUUUUUUGCAACUAUUUUUAAUGUUUUAAUGCUUAAGGUUCACGGUUUUAAUUUGCCAGGUGGGUGGGUGGGUAAGGAAAAGGGAGAACAUUUAUAUUCCUAUUUUUUAAAAGAUGCAUGUGUGGCAGUUUUAAAAUAAAUAUUAAGAGACAC